ACACACCUCUCUCUCUCUCUCUCCCUCUCUCAGAUAGGCAGCGCAGACGUGGGCAGAGUGUGGGGGUAUAGGAAGAGGAGAGAGCGAGAGGGUAGGUAGUAGUGUGUGUGAGGCUGUUAGACAGCAUGGUCUGGGUCUGAGGACAGCACUGGAAGACGCAGCAGCAACCUCCAGAUCUCCAUGUAGACCAGUCUGGUGACAUCCACAGAUCACCUGGACCUGUCCACCCAUCAGCACCCACCCAGGACAACACCCGCCUUUUACAGAGAAGUAAGAGGAGAAGGAGGACGAGGGGGGUGGGUCUGUUUAUCUUCUUUUUUUUUCAGUUUUGGGGGUUUUGGUAGUAGGCUCCGGGCUGGACCGCAUGCAUGACACAACGCAAAGGCGAGAAACCCACCAUCAGCAUCCAGGAGCACAUGGCCAUUGACGUGUGCCCUGGCCCCAUCCAGCCCAUCAAGCAGAUCUCCGACUACUUCCCCCGUUACCCGCGGGGCCUCCCCCCUGCUGCGCCCCACCAAGUGGGCCACGCCGGGCCCCUGAGCCCUGCCCUCUCCACCACCUCGGCCGCCACCUCGGCCACCACUCCGGCCAUCGCUUCUGUCGAAAGUGACCGCCCAAAUGAGGAUAAACCAGAACGGGCUUGUGCCGGAGCCUCUGCCUCCUUACAGGCCACCAAGAGGGACGAGGAGCCUGACGUGGAAGGAUACGACUCAGAUGACUCCACUACAUUGGGGACCUUGGAAUUCAGUUUGCAGUAUGACCAGGAGAACAAUGCACUUCACUGCACCAUUAACAAAGCCAAGCUUCCUGUCCCCAGAUACAAGAAGGGGCUCAAGCCGAUGGACCACAACGGGCUUUCUGACCCCUACGUCAAGUUGCACCUACUGCCCGGAGCCAGCAAGGCCAAUAAACUUAGAACCAAGACCCUGCGCAAUACACUCAACCCUGUCUGGAGCGAGACCCUGACCUACUACGGCAUCACCGACGAGGAUAUGGUCCGCAAAACACUCAGGAUUUCAGUGUGUGAUGAGGACAAAUUCCGCCACAACGAGUUCAUCGGGGAAACACGAAUCCCCCUUAAGAAGCUCAAGCCCAACCAAAUCAAAAACUUCAACAACUGCCUGGAGAAACAGCUACCUGUCAACAAGACAGAAGACAAGUCCCUGGAAGAACGAGGGCGCAUCAUGAUUUCUCUGAAGUACAACACCCAGAAGUCUUGCCUGGUAGUAGGCAUCAUACGCUGUGCUCACCUCGCCGCCAUGGACGCUAACGGCUUCUCCGACCCCUACGUCAAAACGUACCUGAAGCCUGACGAGAACAAAAAGUCAAAGCACAAGACUGCAGUGAAGAAGAAGACCCUCAAUCCAGAGUUCAACGAGGAGUUCUGUUACGACAUAAAAUAUGCAGACCUCACCAAAAAGACCUUGGAGGUGACAGUGUGGGACUACGACAUCGGAAAGUCCAAUGAUUUCAUAGGUGGUGUAUCUCUGGGUAUCAAUGCAAAUGGAGAGAGGCUCAAACACUGGUUUGACUGCCUUAAAAACAAGGACAAGAAAAUUGAGCGCUGGCACACGUUGACCAAUGAAUUACCUGGUUCAUUAAAUGACUGAAGACCCAAAUCCUGUCUGCCAACCUGUUGCCCCCCCCCUUCCCCCCACACCAGAUGGGACUCCUGCCUUCAUUUUCCUCACUCCUUCUCCAAGGUUUUUUCCCCUUGAUUUUCUUUAUGUUGGCCACAGCGACCUGUGACACCUCUUUCGGAAUACAUUUCCUCUCUACAGGGCUCAGUUAACAAUAUCCUUAUAUUUGUGUUCAUAUGUACAAUAGGGUUUGCUCAUUUUCUUUUUCAAGAGAAAUUCAAUCAAAUUAAAAUCGAGGGGAAUGUACUGUUGAAUUUUAAGCUUCAAAAUCAGAUUUCUUGUUUGAUCAAUGAAGAUAAAAGGAGGAAAUGCUUUCUAUUUGAUGAGAUCUUUUACAGCUGCUAAAUAAUUUACCAAUGAUUCACCAGUCCCUGAAACAGCACAAAUAAAGCCUUCACACGUCACCUUGGUGUUGCAGUAAGAGUAGAGAAUCUAACAAUGGAUGUAGCAACGUUUUACAUUGUUGUGAGUAUGAAGACAUGUUAAGUUGAACAUUUCUCAUUUCACUAACUGAAGAUGUUGCACUUUAUUAUAAGUUUUAAAUGGUCAGGUAGCGAAGGUCGAGUUGUUCACAACCAUGUAAGCGGUUCCCACACAACAAAAUCUGGAGCAUUUAUCCUUUAAUUUUAAUCACUCGGUCAGGUGAGAACAAUGUCAAAACUUAAAAUACCGUAAGUUAAGGCCUCAGUGUGUUUCAAACUAAUUAGUUCAUGAAAGUUGCUGUCUGACAGCCUGUCCUCCAAGAAAUAUAAGUUUCAGUAAAUGUCUGCAAGAACCUCUAACAGCUGUGCAAAUUAUGACUCUUGUCCACUGAGAGCUAAGAAAGUCUUAAUGUUAUAAUUUAUUAUUAUUAUAAAAGACUUAAACGAGUCUACAGAAGGAGAAGGUUAGAGUGGUUGGAUGGUCAUUUCCUACCAACAAUUAACAUUCCAUCAUUAACCAUGACCAUGUUGCCUCAAGCUUUCAGAGUGAAAACAUGAAAACAAUGUUCAAAAAAGUUCAAUGGCAUUGUUGUGUCAGAUUGUCUGAAACUCUUCUUUCCACCAUUGGGGUCUCAGACACUGUUAAACUAUGAGUACCUUGUUUGAAAUAUACUCAGGCCUUCAGUCUUUUUGCCAGUAAACUGUAGUCCAGUUUGUUGAAGAGAAGAAAUUAAAAUACCCAUACCAACAACAAUUACCAAUCCCUAAAUUCAAUUCCUAAUGGUUAUAACGAGACAAAUGUUGGCAGUUAAAAGCCAACAUGUCUUCUUAAAGGAUUUUACAACAACUGAUGCUCAUCUGUAAAUUUGCAAGAUGACCAAUAAGCAAACCAGUGUAAUAAAAAAAAAAACUUUGCUUACUCAAGUCUACUUACAGGAAGAAUUAAAGACCGUAUAAACACUGGUCCCAUGUGUUUCUGUAUAGCCUAAUCAAUAUGAGAAUGCUUGGUGUCAUAGCACCACCUACCUGGAUUACUCACUGAUGUUUCAGUGCAACCCAUAAUCUAUAGUGCUGCCUAGUUUUGUGGUAAUCCUGAGGUCAAGGCUCCCUGUGCAUUUCAUCCAUUCAGACUUCAAAAUAGCAUGUUUUUUUAUUUCCAAGGCUAAAGCAACAGGAAGCUAAAGAUAUGCAUUAAGAAAUUCCAUUAAAAUUGGCGAUGAAUCACAGUGCGGUUAUCAGUCAGCUGACCUUCUCUCUGUGGUCAAAAGUGAUUCCUACAGUCAAUGCUUUAUUGAACUGGGGUUUAGACUCCAAGGGUAAGAUGUGUCAAUAGAUGCAAAAAAAAGUAUAACCUUGUAAUAGCGGCACUGAAUCUUAUUAGUCAGAUCGGGAAGAGGGUUAUAAAUACAAAAGUAGAUCUUAUAGCCACCUGAUGAUUCAGAUGAUCUGUGGAUACUUCCAACACAGAGGUGGAAACAUUCACAGUCACUGCACACUGAUUACACAGCCUUACUUUACAGUGUGGAAGGUAGAGAGCCUACUUGAUAGAGAGCAGCUGUAAUCAACAACAGAAUGAAGUUCAGUGGCUGACCCUGGUGAGAAUCACUUGUCGAACCACAACAACACCACAUGAUUGGGCAGCUCUUUGGUGUGUGUGUGUGUGUGUGUGUGUGUCUUAUUGUUUACACUGCAGAUAAAUGAGUUUCCACAAAAAACUCGCCGGCAGCAUUUUCAACUGUAAUGUGGCUGAAAAAUGUACCUGCUGUUUGUUAAAAGGGCAGAAUUUUAAAAACAGGAAGUUUACGACAAAUUAAAAAAUAUAUAUACAGAAUAUCAAAAGCAUGUAUUGUUUACAACAGCCUAUUGUUGCUGAAGUCCAAGUUUGCUGCUGAAAGGGUGUACACACCCUAUGCUAAAGUCACUGCGAUUGUUCAGUCUUCAUGCAAUGCAAGCUUGGCUAAGAUGGGCUAGGGUGAGAAGGGCAGAAUUUUGGAUAUACUAGCCGUGUAUGUAUAUUGUUACUAUGUUGUUGCAUCUGUUGAGGGUUUCUUUUUUUUAAUGUAAGUAGCUCCAAUAUAAAUAUAUCGAACAGAAUGUACAUGUUUAACCCCUUCAAUUCCACAGUAAAAUCUCUGAGGAUGUACAGCUUAGCGCUCUGUGUUGUUGAUAUUGUUCACGUCUCAAACUUUGUAUUUGGGCACUCGAAUCUGGGAAUGGAGACGGCUGAACUCACAGCCCAGGAGCAAACUAUACCAGAUCACUCAAGGCAGUUAUACAACUUUUACUUUAACUCCUUCUAGCCUGUUGAAUUAUUGAUGUUUUUUCUUUCUUUUAAUAUUUUAUGUUAUAAGAAUUGAUACCACGAGUCCCUGUCCAAACCUGGAAACCUACCAGUGGACCAGUUGUCUGGGAUGCAUGCCAUGUAUUUGUAAUUUUAUGAGUUUGAUCCCACAGUAUGACCUUUUCUGCAUGCCCCCUCCCCCCACACCCACCUUUCUUGGAAGAAUCCACCGUGCACUGACUGGUAACACGUACGCCACACUCAUAGUCCUCACGUAACGUUCAGGAUUCCUGUCAGGUUUGCAAUUCAGCUAACAGCAUUUUAUCAUUACUUAACGUCACUGUAAGUGAUAGGCCGGCCCCGUUUGUUUUUGGAGCAUGUUGAUUGUGUCAGCGUGACUGUUUUUAUAAAUCACAUCAUUUUAACUCGCUAAUUCCAGCUGGUGGAGUGUGACAAACAGCCCUAAUGUCCAUUUGUUAUAUUAUUUGACCCUUUACUGUUGACAGUAUUAUUAGAACAACUACAUUGCUUUUACACUGCAUUCUAAAGAAAAUUUGAUUUUGACAAAUGGUAUCACACCUUCAAACCUGGGGCAUUAAAUGUUUAAAUGCAGUACAUCAGCCCUCACUUCUUCGUUUUCUUUUUUUUAAAUGUUAAGAACCUCCUCAGUCACAUUGAUUUGUGAUGCACAAACCGGCUGUGAAACCUUGUUGGCUUCUCAAUAUAACCCUUGACACAACGGUGAUCACCCUCUCUCUUUCUCUGAUGAAUAUGUAAUGAAUACAACUGACAUGUGAUUAUGAUUUCUAAUCUAUGUAAUCUGUCUGCCUUUGUAUGCAAGCUCACUAUUAUGGAAAAAAACAGCUGCAUGCGUGUGUUCUUGGUUUUGUCAUGAGAUGACUUUGCCUCAUGUUUGAUACUGUUUUCUGUAUAAAAAAAAAAAUACACAUCUGUGUAUGCUCAAAGAUUAUGCUAUGAGUCAGUCUUUCUUCUGGACAAGAUUUUGUACCUUUGAACACUAUUGCAUUGCCUGUUUGGCUGCUGUAUUGACUAUCUGGAAGCGUGACUUGAUGUGAAUUAAAAUCUCUCCUUUGUU